CUGUCAUCAAUGUAUAUUGGGACUCGAAUCAGUGCGAUCGCAUGGUCACCACGCUGCAGGUCCCCCGCGGCGAGUCCCACUGGCCAUUGGUACCUGGAGCUAGCAGUAGGAUGUACCGAUGGGAAAAUACACUUGAUUACACAACGUGCCUCAGAUGAACCAGUUGCUCACGAAUUUAGUGGUCUUCCGUCUGGCCACAAAGGCAACGUAGCUGAUUUGUGCUUUUUCUCUUGUGGAAAUGAUCCGGCCAGGUAUCUCGCAAGCGUGGGAGAUGAUAGGAGGUGUAUUCUGUGGGAUUUGUAUCCCUCCCAUUCACAAGACGACCAGGAUGAUGAGGCGGUCUCAGAGAUGUUGUCUCCAUCUCCAACACCGUUUUCUCCCAUCCCAUACUCAAUCGCAUUCCGCCAUCCGCUUCGUUCAGUGGCUUCGCAUUCUUCCAAUGCACGCUGCAUCAUGGUAUCUGACGUUCAUGGUACCGUUUCCAUGGUGAACUGGAUGGAUCUUGAGAGCGACUCAACUCUCAGGGACGCUGUUUGGAGUGGACAUAAGGUCGUUGAAUUCAUAGACCCAGCUGCCCUUUCGAGGUCUGUCUCCGGUUUGAACUCUGUAUGGGGAGGUGGAGCAAGCUGGAAGCCCAGCGAUCCAGAUAUGUUCGGAGCGACCUACGGACCAUCGUGGGUUGUGUGGAAUCAAAGGAAGUUACAAGGGGGGAAGCCCGUUGCCAAAGGAGAGGGGUUCUUGGAAGGUGGAAGCCAGUUCCGGUAUGUGAGGCGCAAUUACGUCGGUCCUCGCUCAUAG